CCUCCUGCUUCAGCCUCCUGAGUAACUGAGAUAACAGGCAUGUACCACCACAGCUAGGGACCUUUUUCACUAUUCAUAAACCAGCAUAAUUUGGUCAAGCUCUAGUUUUCCUCUGCUUAAAAAAAAUAAACUCACUGAAUUUUUUCAGUGCCUUUGGUAACAUGCUCUCACCCUAUCAUUCAUUCACUUCAUGCAUUCAUUCAACAUACAUUUAGUGAAAGUCUUUUGUGUCAGGCACUUUUCUGGACACUGGGGAUACAGAGGUGAUCAGGACAGAGUCUCAUCUUUCCAAGUAAGCUCACUCUUCUCUGAGCUAGCCUUAUUUAACCAUAGUUAAAUUUGACCUUCCUAACCACAGUGUGAACUCUGCCAGCCAGUGUCUACUCCAGCCCACAAACAAAGGUGUAUUUUAUCUGUAUCCCUGAUGCCAUUUCCCUGCCUGUGCUGUUGGCUGUCUCUCUAGACCUACUCCAAAUCACAUCAGCCUGAAAGGCUGGUUGGCACAUGGAAAAAGUUGCAGUUAAGAGAUAAGCUAGGAGAUAUAUAAAUUCUUGCUGGCUCUGGGCUUGAUUUCUUCUCUGUACAGCACUGGUUGGAAUCUGGAAUCAGCCUGCCUAGGGCCAAAUGACUUUGGGCAAGCCAUUUAACCUCAAUUUUGGUUUUCUUUUUUUGUAAAAUAAGGAUAAAAGGGUAUCUAUCAUAUAGAGCUGUCAUGAGAAUUGAGUGAUAUAAUCCAUAUAAAAGGCCUUAGCUCAGUACCUAACAUAUUGUAAGUUAUUUAGUAAAUAAUAGCAAAUAGGCUGGGGGUAUAACUCAGUGGUAGAAUGUGUGCCUUGCAUUUGCAAGGCCUGGGGUUCAAUCCCCACAAAAAACAAGUUAGCAAACAGUAUUAUGGCAUUAUGCAACUUGACCUCCACUCCUCCUAGAGGCCUCCCUUGCUGUGUUAAUCCCUCUGGACUACUUCCUCUAAACUCUUGCUGACCUUUACAAUCAGUGACUGUGCAUUGACUAUCUUAGGUACUCUAGAUCUGCAGUAACAAACCAGCCAUGGCUGCUGCAAUGCUCCAGCCCUUCCUAGAGCAGCUGAGGCUAGCCAUCCCCAGGUGGAGUGUGCCAGGACCAGCCCAGGGCAAGACCCUCUGCACCCUUCAGGAGGAGCAGGUCAGACUAAAGAUGAGACUGCAGGAGUUGCAGCAGCUAAAAAGGGAGCUCAGGAAUUCUCCCAAAGACAAGAUUCCAUUCCCUGUACCAGAAUUCCCCUUAGUGUUCCGAGGACACACUAAGCAGGGCAGACCAGUGCCCAAGUCUUUAGUUUCCAAUCUUCGGAUCUGCUGCCCUCUGCCUGGAGGGUCUGCUCUGGUCAUUUUCGAUGACCCCAAAGUUGCUGAUCAAGUGCUUCAACAAAAGGAACAUAAGAUUGACAUGGAGGAGUGCUGGCUGCGGGUACAGGUCCAACCCUUGGAGCUACCCAUGGUGACCACUAUCCAGGUGUCUAGCCAGAGGAAUGACCAGAGGGUAUUGGUUAGUGGAUUUCCUGCUGAACUCAGGCUGAGUGAGGAGGAGCUACUGGACAAGCUGGAGAUCUUCUUUGGCAAAGCCAGGAAUGGGGGUGGGGACGUGGAGACUCGGGAACUGCUGCAAGGAAGUGUUGUGUUGGGUUUUGCUAAGGAAGAAGUGGCCCAGAACCUGUGCCGGAUUGGCCAAUUCAGAGUGCCAUUGGGAAGGCAGGAGGUUCCUCUGAGAGUCUUUCCCUAUGUGAGUGGGGAGAUCCAGAAGGCUGAGAUCAGAUCCCAGACAGUUCUCCGCUCAGUGCUGGUACUCAACAUUCCCGAUGUCCUCGAUGGCCCAGAGAUGCAUGACAUCUUAGAGAUUCACUUCCAGAAGCCCACUCGAGGGGGUGGGGAGGUGGAAGCCCUGGCAGUUGUGCCCCCAGGAAAGCAGGGCCUGGCAGUCUUCACCUCUGAGUCAGUCUAGGUUCUCCAACCAGCUGCAGUUGGGUAAGCAUAGAUCUUUACGUUUACUGACAGGGGGAAGGGAUUACACAUUGUGAACCGCUGCCAGGGAAGAGUAAAAGUGCCUACUUGGCAUGAUGUCCUUC